AUGGCGAAGGGGAACCAAAUAACAAGUGGUAUUGAGCGAAAAGUUUAUAGUCUAACAUGUGAUCUUUUGGACGAACGAACAGAAACAAAUCGAAGCACUUUAAGUGGAGAUGAGUUAAAGGAUCCAUUUGCUGGUGUGGAAUCCGCGAAGAACUUGACAAUUAACCUGGUAUUGGUUUAUGUGCAAUCAAAGGACUUCGAGUUAAAGCGUACUAAGAAAUCACAACUCGAGAAGUCUAUUUCGAAGGUAUUAAAGCUAAUAAGGGAAGACGAGGAGAAUGAGUUACACAACAACAGUCCAUUAGAGAAAGACAUUGAUACUGCAUCUGAUACUGAAGGCCCAGACCCUAGCGGCUCUAAUUUGAUAGAGUACAAGGACCCCAACUUAUCAAACAAGUCUGUCACAUCAAUGUGGAAUUUCGACGACAAGGAGAAUGAGCAAAACCAGGAUUCAGACGGCACCAGCAUGAAACGAAAAGCAAAAGAUACAGCAAAGAGCGCUUUAAAGAAGCAAAAACGAAAAUUUAACCAUACGCCCCCUGAAAUCACUUUUACGAAUUUAGGAGGUUUGGACAACGUCACCACACAAUUACUUGAAAUAAUAGGACUACCUAUCUUACAUCCAGAAAUUUACACAUCAACCGGAGUUGAACCUCCAAGAGGCGUCCUCCUAUAUGGCCCUCCAGGUUGUGGUAAAACAACCAUUGCAAAUGCCCUUGCAGGGGAGUUGAAAGUUCCUUUUAUCAAUAUUUCUGCCCCUUCAAUCGUAUCGGGUAUGUCGGGUGAAUCCGAAAAGAAACUUCGUGAAUUGUUUGAAGAGGCAAAGUCUGUUGCUCCGUGCUUAAUCUUUAUGGAUGAAAUUGAUGCCAUAACACCAAAGAGAGAUGGUGGUGCUCAACGUGAAAUGGAGAGAAGAAUAGUAGCCCAACUUUUGACUUUGAUGGACGAAUUAACUUUGGACAAGACAGACAACAAGCCUGUGAUUGUCAUUGGUGCCACAAAUAGACCAGACUCUUUGGAUUCGGCACUUCGUCGGGCCGGUCGAUUCGAUCGAGAGAUUUGUUUGAAUGUUCCAAAUGAAACGCAACGAGAAUCUAUUUUAAGGGCAAUGACAAAAAAUAUAAGGUUAAAAGAUGGCGAAAAUUUUGGCUACAGAGAGUUGUCAAAGCUUACUCCUGGGUACGUUGGCGCUGAUCUCAAAAGUCUCGUUACCGCAGCAGGCGUUGCUGCCAUAAAAAGGAUUUUUGAAACCAUGAGCGAGCAACAAGAUGAGGGUCAUCAAAUACAAGAGGAUAAUAUGGAGAUAGACCCCAUCGUAGGUAAAGAGAGCGAAGCUAUAUUGUCCAAGAGAUUCGGAAGCAAGACCGAUAUUGAACAAUUAUCAACAAUUCAAAAGUUUUUAGGGCGAAAUCCUGGGCCAUUAACCGCAGAACAACUUGAACCGUUGUUCAUCACGUACGAAGAUUUUGUCAAAGCGCUUCCCACUGUUCAACCAACGGCGAAAAGAGAGGGGUUCGCGACUGUGCCCGAUGUCACAUGGAAGAAUGUUGGUGCUUUGGCGAAGGUUCGCAUGGAGUUACACAUGUGUAUAGUGCAACCGGUGAAGAAGCCAGAAUUGUACUUGAAGGUGGGUAUUUCAGCGCCAUCUGGAGUUUUGAUGUGGGGACCGCCAGGUUGUGGUAAAACUCUCCUUGCCAAGGCUGUCGCUAACGAAUCGCGUGCAAAUUUUAUAUCCGUCAAAGGACCAGAGUUACUAAACAAAUACGUGGGAGAGUCGGAAAAGGCAGUGAGACAAGUAUUUCAGCGAGCUAUGGCUUCAAAACCAUGCAUUAUUUUUUUCGAUGAGUUGGAUGCCUUGGUUCCUCGGAGAGAUGCAUCUAUGUCAGAAUCCAGUUCGAGGGUUGUUAACACUUUGUUGACUGAACUCGACGGUCUUUCCGAUCGGAAUGGAGUCUUUGUCAUUGGAGCGACUAAUAGACCUGACAUGAUUGACCCCGCUAUGCUACGCCCUGGCCGAUUGGAUAAGACUCUUUAUAUUGAAUUACCAAGUGCCACUGAGAGAUUCGAGAUUUUGAAAACAAUCACACUCGCCAAUGGUACUCCAAUUGCUAGUAACGUCGAUCUUGAAGAGAUCUCAAACGAUGAGAGAUGCAGAAACUUUUCAGGAGCUGACCUUUCAUCUUUGGUAAAGGAAGCCGGUAUAUCAGCUUUGAAAAGGAAUUUUUUCGGGUCUCAAAAGCUUGAAAUGUUGGAUGCAUCUGGAUUCUACAAUGAUUCUUCACCUGAAGAACACAUUGAGAUCAUCCGCGAGGAUUUUCAGCGUGCUCUAUUCACCGUGCGUCCGAGUGUAAGCGACAGAGAUAGAUUGAAGUAUGAGCGUUUGAACAAAAAGCUAGGAUGGGAUGUUAUAAGCGAGCCCAAUGGGGCAACACUUUCCAAUACAGAGAACUCGAAUAAGGCAGAUAUGGGCAAUUGA